AUGCGAUGCGCGAGCAAGGCCGCCGAGAGCGCGUCCGCACGUCUCUGUGCGGACGCCGAAGCAGAAACCACAGCAACUGAUGUCUCAUCGGUUGCUGAAGUGACCCAGCCUGUGUCACUUGGUGAUGCAGGCGCUGGUCAUGAAGACACUCAUGUCUUCACAGAGUAUGAGCUCGGUGUCUCGUACUCUCCUGAUACGGAAGACGGAUCCGUAUCGACGGCGAUUGAAUUCAAGCCGCCUGCCAAGCGUGGCAUGGACGAUGCUUUGCGUCGCAGCAUCUUUGGUUCAUCUGAUGAAUCAGAUGAACCAUCGCCGAAGCGAAGGCGCUCGAGGUCGCGAGACUCGGGCGCUAACAGUGGUGUCGGUUCUCCUAUGGACACCACUUCGCAACGAGGUGCCAGUACUUCUGUCGGCACGUCGCAGGAAGAGCGGGACCGCAAUGUGUUGCGUCUCGCUCCGGAGAAGAAGGCAUGGAUGCCUCCCAAAUCAGUCAUGGAUCACUUGUCGGCGACGACGGGUGAUCGUUAUUGA